AUGGAUCAACAAGCUAUGCCGGCUCGCGGCCGGUCGCCCUCUGCUGGCCAUCAGCACCAGCAGCAACAGCAGCAGCAUCUUAUAAGAAACAGCCACUCUCCUUCGCCUCAUCCAUACACAUCCCCGGAACCCAAUAUCGGUCUCGGUCUCGGCCUAGACAACUCAACUGCCAGCAUUCAACAGUUCAACCCAAACGACUAUACCAACUUUAAUAAUAACAGCAGUGCCAACAACCAGUUCCUCAAUACCACGCAACCCCAGAUAUUCCCAAACCAAGGCCUCGCCGACCCCGCCGCCUUUGACGCGACACAGGACUUUACCCAGUCCUUUGCGACCCAGAAUCUCUUGGCUCCGACAGAUUUCAACGCUACGGGGGACUUUUCCUUAUUCCCGCAGACAACUCAGCCAGAUCAGUUUGCGGCGCCUCUCUUUGGCGACAGUCCUGGUAUCAGCACUCCAGAUCUCACCAACAUGAUGUCCCCACAGGCGCACCAAUCUCCGACACCGCCGCAUAUGCUCCAGCAUGACGGGCGCCCAGCUGGCUCCGCGCAUCAGUCGCCGUCCUUUAACCAGCACCAAUUCGCGUCGAGCCCCCACCAAAGAAACCUCUCGGCGUCGCUCGCGCCCGGACCCGCGUUUCUCGGAACCCAGCAGGACUGGUCGCAAGCACAGUUCCAGGGCCACAGACGGUCACCAUCCGAGUAUUCAGAUGUCUCUUCUGCGCAUCCCUCUCCCAGCUUGAUCGCCCACGACUCUUUUGAGCAUGCGCAUGGUCAUUCGCCCAUGCAAAGGCCAUCUGACAGCUUUGACAAUGGCGUGAGCUUUGGCUUGAACAACUUUAGCAUCUCGGAUGCCCAGAUACUCCAACACAGCCGGAGCCCCUCGCACAGUCCUGCCAUUUCGCCUCGGAUUCUUCCCCAACAGGUGCCCGACAUGGGCCAAGCGAAUCCGACCUUUACGCUGGGUGGACAGCCUCAAGGCUAUGUCAGCGCACCUGCAAUCGUCUCUGAAGCGUUCCCGACCCUGGCGAGCGACAAUGGGCCCGUCAUGGCUCCCCCUUCGAUCAAUAUCGACUUUGCGCCCAACUCGAGAACGAAUUCGUUUGAACCAGCAAAGUCUGCUGUAGACCAAGAUUCCCUUACACCCCCAGACAGAGGCCGGCCCAGAUCACGUCCAAGAGCAGUCACGGAUCCUUACAACAGCGGCGGCGCCAACAUUUCUAGACCUACGACUCCAGGUAGUCUGUCACCUCAUCUCGGUGUUGAACGCGCCCGCAACCGAUCUGGAUCUGAUUCUUCGCGCUCUGUAUCCCCCGCAUCAUUGUCCCCUGGUGAUCGGUCGGGUAGUGCAAGUGCUGCUUCCAGGAGACGGCAGUCCAUGUCUGCUGUACCCAACAAUGUAAUUGCUCUUCGUUUGGCGGACCCAGACUAUCAGGCCGCUCAAGACAGUGGCAACACGAAGCGUGUACAAAAGCACCCUGCCACUUUCCAGUGUACCCUGUGCCCAAAGCGCUUCACCAGAGCAUACAACCUGCGGUCACACUUGAGAACGCACACGGACGAGAGACCAUUUGUCUGCACAGUCUGUGGAAAGGCUUUUGCACGCCAACAUGACAGGAAAAGACACGAGGGAUUGCACUCGGGAGAGAAGAAGUUUGUGUGCAAGGGCGAUCUCAAAGCUGGAGGGCAGUGGGGAUGUGGAAGACGGUUCGCCCGAGCAGAUGCGCUGGGCCGGCAUUUCCGAUCCGAGGCGGGUCGGAUAUGCAUCAAACCCCUCCUCGACGAGGAAAUGAUUGAAAGACAACGCGCCUGGCAGGAGCAGCGGAUGCAGCAAAACAUGCACAACAUGGUGGCCCAACAGGCUGUUGCCAUGGACCCCAACAUGUACCAGCCCAUGGAUCCCAAUGGUGGAUUUGCGCUGCCAGCAUCGCUAUUGGCACAAUACCCUGCACUCGCCCAGGUCAAUUGGCAAGCAGCGGAAAUGGGCAAUGUAGAGGACGAUAUAAGUGGACGAUCAAGCUUUGAUGCUUCGGAUUAUGAUGAAGGUGAUGACACUGGGUACGUGAGUGGUCCGGGAACUGGUUUCGGUGAAGGUGGUAUGCAACAAAACUUUGGAGAGAUUGGGUAUACCAGUGACUAUGGCCGGUAG